AUGGCAGAGGAUGAAGAAAUUGGGUGUGUUCAUGACACAUAUGACCCAUACACAUCAGACUACUGGCAGAGAGGUCGUUAUGCAGAUGAAAAUUAUUUUAGUAGGAUGUACAAAAAUGGUGAAUUUGUGUCUAAUCUUGAGUUUGGCAGUAUAGUGUUAAAGCCCUGGAUGAUCUUUAGUGAUAAAGAGCAUUUCAUGUCUGUUUUCAGAGAUUAUUGCAUUCAAUGUGGUUUUGUAGUAGUGGUUGACAGGAGCAGUCCAAGGAGGUUCACUACUUCCUGUCUUGCUUUAAACUGUGGUUGGAGAAUUCAUUCAAGUAGGCUACCUGAUGGAGUGACAUGGGCUAUAAAGAAUAUAAAGAACCCUGAGCACACUUGUGGAGGCUUAGAUGAAAGGAAUCCCCUUGUGACUGUUAAAUGGGCUGCAGAAAAACUACUUGAAGAUAUAAGGGAAAAUAAUGACAUCUCUGGAAAGACACUGAAUGAUCUGUUAUUCAGUAGGUAUGGAGUGCAUAUGGCAACCAAUACCCUUUACAAGAUGAGAGGGGUAGCAUUGAAGGAGAUAAAUGGUGGGCAUGAUACUUCUUAUGGAUAUUUGCCAAAGUACUGUGAGAUGGUUAAGGAAACCAACCUAGGACUUGCAGCUAACUGUGCAUGGAAGCAACUUAAUCCACCUGAUCCAUCCCUCACAUUCUCAAGUAUAUUCAUUUCAUUCAAGGCUGCCAUUGAUGGUGUUGUUGCAGGAUGUAGGAGUUUAGUGGGGGUUGAUGGAGCUCACUUGAAAGGACAUUUUGGUGGGGUCCUUCUGUCUGUUGUGGCUAUAGAUGGGAACAAUGAGUUGUUUCCUUUUUCAUGGGCUAUUGUUCCCAAGGAAGAUGGUGACAGUUGGAAGUAUUUUUUCUGGCACCUGAAGCAUAUUUUGUCAGGUUCUGGGAGGGGUAAUGGGUGGUCUAUAAUUUCAGACAGACAAAAAGGAAUAGAUGUGGCACUAAAUGAGCUAUGGCCUGAAGUGGACAGGAGAUACUGUUCUUAUCAGUCAAAUGAGGGUGAAUAUGAAGUGAAGGAUGGGAAGUUUAUGCUUCCUGUGUCACUACACAGGAAGACAUGUCUCUGUGGGGCAUGGAAAAUUUCAGGAUUGCCUUGCAAACAUGCAAUCAAAGCAAUCUUGGCUGCUGGAUUGAACCCAUACCAAUUCUGCAGCACAUGGUUCUCAGUCCAAACUUAUAAGCAAGCAUAUGCCAACGCAAUAAAUUAUGUUCCAGAUAUUGAGCACUGGCCAAAGAUUAAUAUGCCUACAAUACUACCACCAGUGAUGAAAAGAGCCAUUGGUAGGCCAUCUAGACAAAGAAAAAGGGCACCUGAUGAACCAGACAAAGGAAAAAGGUCCACAACAGUCCAAUGUCAGAGAUGUAAGUGUUAUGGACACAACAAACAAACAUGUAAGGGUGGAUUUACAACAACAGAGCAAAGUGCUAGGGAUGGACAGAGAAAUGCAAAGGCAAAAGCUAAAAAUGCAGCAAAGAAAACUUCUUAA